AUGCUUCCUUUAAUUAAUAUUCUUCAAUAUUUUAUUCUUUUAUUUAUUUUGGACAUUUCAAGUGCCUUUCGUGAAUUCUCUGUACCAUUGGAAUAUGCAAUAGAAGAUAUUUACUUGCAACUUGGCCAAAUCCGCAUAAAACCUUUUGUUGGAAGUCACAACAUUGAAAAUAUUCUUCCUGCAACAGCAGAAUUUAUUGCAACGUCAACAGAAGUAAUUACUCAAUGGAAAAAAGAUUUGGAAACAAAUCCUUCAAAUAAAGAAUAUAAAAUGAAAAGUGGACAAAUAUUUAGCAGUAAUUCUGUUGAGGGCUAUAUCCAAUCAAAAUAUGUUCAUUUAUUGGUUAUUACUGCUGAUUUGGACAAUCAACGUAUCCAUUCCUUGACGCAUUCUCCAGCGCCUCUAAGCGUAAUAAACAAUUCUACCAAUAUACAAAUAAAUGAAAAAUCGCCUUCUCCAUUAAUUCUUAUUAGAGUUCAAGGAAUUGUUGAUCUUCCAGGUCCUGAUACCGCAACAUAUUUGCGUAGAGUAGAAGAAGAAAAACGUGCUCGUCAACAGGGUGCUACACAAGACAAUCGAAGCUUUCUUCAAAAAUAUUGGAUAUAUUUUGUUCCAGUAAUUGCUUUUAUGGUUUGUAUUUGCUGUAUUAUUUUAGCUGUAUUAUUAUUAAUUUGGCUUAUAAAUCAAAUUAAUGAGGAUAUGAUAGAACACGCUUUUAUGUAUGAAAAUUAAUGAAGAGGAAAAUUUUUGAGAUUUUUUUUUGACUUUUGACUUGAUUUUUUUGAAGAAACCCAGACUUUACCCAGACUUUUUUUUUAAUUUUUUUAAACGUAUAAAGUUGCUCGGUCGGACAAUCUAUAAGCUAUUUUAUAGUGAAUGUCCGCAAAAGUUGUCCGCAAAAAAAUAUUUUUGCGGACAAAUUGGGAGUCAACGUUGCUUG